AUGGAGGCGGCGGCUUCGGAGGGCGCCGAGCCGGGGAGCGGCGCGGAGGAACCCGUGGUGUCCCUGGCGGAGGUGCUGGCGGAGAACGAGGAGCUGGAGAAGGAAGCGCGGGCCGUGCUGGGGGGCAGCGACCACGAGCGCUGCAGUUACUCACAGGGCGCGGUGAAGCGGCAGGCGCUGUAUGCCUGCAGCACCUGCACGCCGCCCGGCGCCGAGCCCGCGGGGAUCUGCCUGGCCUGCAGCUACGAGUGCCACGGCACCCACCGCCUCUUCGAGCUCUACACCAAGAGGAAUUUCCGCUGUGACUGUGGAAAUAGCAAGUUCAAAAAUCUGCAGUGCAAGUUACUCCCGGAAAAGAGCAAGGUGAAUUCAGGAAAUAAAUAUAAUGACAACUUCUAUGGAUUGUACUGUACAUGUAAAAGACCUUAUCCUGAUCCUGAAGAUGAGAUUCCAGAUGAGAUGAUCCAAUGCAUAGUUUGUGAAGACUGGUUCCAUGGAAGGCAUCUUGGUGCAGUUCCCCCUGAAAGUGGAGACUUCCAUGAAAUGGUGUGCCAGGCCUGCAUGAAACGUUGCCAUUUCCUAUGGGCUUAUGCAUCGCAAUUAGCAGUUCCUCCUUUGACCAAAGCGAACUCCUGUGAAGAUGAAGGGGUUGUCUUGAAGGUAGAGGAAAGUGAAGAGCAGAAGAAAGAAAUAAAAAAAGAAAGUGGAGUGGAACACCAUGACACAAAGGAGGAAAAGCAAUCAGAACAAUUCAAUGAACCAUCCACUAGCUCUGGGUCUGCCUAUCCUGAGGUAGUUGCUAAGAGCAAGGAGCGAGUCUGCAAGCUGAAAGAGCUCCAAAACAAGCCAUUUGUAAAAAAAGAUACUGCCACCUUUUGGCCAUCGAACUGGAGGAGCAAAUUAUGCACUUGUGAAGACUGUUUGAAAAUGUAUUCAGAGCUUGAAGUCCAAUUCCUGACAGACGAAUGUGACACUGUCUUGGCUUAUGAAAAUAAGGGUACCAGUGAUCAAGAGACAGAGAGGAGAGAUCCUUUAAUGGACACCCUUAACAGUAUGAACAGAGUCCAGCAAGUGGAACUCAUCUGUGAAUACAAUGAUUUCAAGACAGAACUGACUGACUAUCUCAGGAGGUUUGCAGAUGAGGGAACGGUGGUUACAAGGGAAGACAUUCAGCACUUCUUUGAAGAAUUUCAGUCUCGGAAAAGGCGACGGACUAACAGGAUGCAGUACUACUGUAGUUAGACUGAGAGGGUUUGGGUCUGAAAGAACAACUGGCAAAACAAUGUUCACUGGCAAACAGAAAAGGCAUCUUCAGUUUUUGGCUUCUCAUCAAAAUCCAGCUAUCCAAGAAACAUCAUCAUUUUGUCUUACACGUCCUUUAUUUGUAGCACCUAAAACAUGUUCUUAACAAAUCCUUA